ACCGGAGCUUUGUUUUGAAAGCUUCCGUUGCAAAAGAGGAAAUGGGUGUGCUCUCGCAAACAUGGUCUUUACAGGGAUGCUUGUGACGGCAAGAAGGAAUGUCUGUCGUUAGAGAGUCCAAAACUUAUCGGUUGAAAAGGCAUAAAGAAGGUGUUUGGAGGAUGUCCAAACUGACACAGACACACGGCUGUGAGAAAAGAGGUGCUCAUGCUGCAAAGACAGAUGAUGGACAUGAGAAUCCUGAGUGCGUGUCAACAUUUUGGAUUGAUAAUGCAGCUGAGAUAGGCUCCAGCGCACGGGACAAGAGUCCAAAGCAGAGGAUGAGGUUCCAGGUGAUGAAACAAUCAACAUGAUCGACCUGAGCUUCCUCACAGAGGGCGAACAGAAGACUAUCCUGACUGUGUUAGAAAGAGAUGCAGAGCUGAAAAAAGCUGAGGAACAGCGUGUACAAAACUUAAAGAAGACAUUGAGAGGCAAGAGCCAUCUCAGGUAUUUGACUGGAGAAUGGUUUUACGAGACGAAACUGCACCGCCAUCAGGAUCGCAUCCAUGGCUCGGAUAUAAUCAGAGCCUCCAUGAAGCACACAAGUAAACCACUUUAUAAUUUGAGCGACAGCUUUCUCUGUGCAAAGAACAAUGAAGAGUUUCUUCAACCUCUUCCUGCUGAUCGUCAAUGGCAGCCACACAGACAAAUUGGUCAUGCAAGGUUUCAAAGCCAGAAUCACCUUGAAAUGCGACAUAGAAAAUCAUCAUUACAACUACUCUCAAAGAAAAGGAAAAACCCAUUUAACUGUGAACUCUUCACCCCUCACACUCUUGCCAGCUGCCAUUUUGAGGAAGCAACUGAUGAAAUCAAAACUUUACACAAUGAUCCCACCAAGAACAGUGAACGGGAUGAUUACCUAACCUUAUCAGUGCCCACACUUUCAUCUGCACCUCAGCAAGACAAUUCUCUCGACUUAGCCUUUGAAGAGGCUCAUCAUUCUCAGGUCACAGACUGGCCAGAAGAGAAUGUUCUUCAACCAAGUAUCAUCAAAUAUGUCAAGUCGAAUGGAGGAAUCAAGCCAGUGGCAAACAGUGUUUUACCAAAGCCUCGACAGUUGCUCAUUAGAAGUGCUGAGGAAAAUAAUGCAGAAACACAGCAGGAUUUGGUGAAGACGCCUCAAAUAAACCCACCUGUGAAUACUUUUAGGCUACAGGUUGAAACAGCACAAUCUAUUAUGGAAACAUUUAUAGCUGUCAAAGAACAAGAUGAAAUUCUCAAGAUGAAAGACACUGCGACACUACAAUUUACGGGAGAGAAGCUUAAAGACAAUAUUAGAACAGGUGAUUCAGGACAUCACCAAAACAACGUGGAGGAAAAGCCGGUUGAGGCCUCAUGGAAGAUAAAUAAUAGCAUCUGCAAAAGAAUAUCAAUGGAACAGCAUGUAAAUGAAGACCGUACCAUGACGGUAUUAGAAGUUCAACACAGUCCUCAGAAUGCUCAGAUAUACACCAUCAAGAGAAGCAAAAUGGAAAUAUUGGUCGAGAAAACGGCCCCAAACCCUGUAGAAAAUGUUGUUUCCUCCUCACAGAUCGAAUCUGGCAUCACAGUAGAUUUGGUCACAGGACAAGCAUUUCCCAUUCGUCCCUUCAAAAUCCAAGCUCCAAAAGCAAAAGAAGUCAGGAGUAGUUUAACGAAAACUUGUCACCCUAGAGUCCUACAAAGAAAAUUCCCCUCUCCCAAUAUAUCGAGUUUGGAAGGUUCUCCCUUGAGGACGUUUGCAAUAGACAUUGACCCACAAACUGAAGUUGAUCAUAAUGAGCAACCUAAAAAUCCAGUGCCAAGACAGAAGAAAAAUGUUUGCAGGAUACAGCAGACAUUCCAGAAGGAUACCAAACUUACUGUGGAAAACCGUUUACAAAUAGUAAAGCCAGUUACCGAAGAGGCUAACUCUCGGAAUGAAAGGUCUCAACUAAUAGAUUUACAAAGUCUUGCCAGGUCUGCUAUUCCUCAGGAUUAUCAGCACUACCUUGGGCCCCAUGAGAAAGCCCAUAUCCCACCUUUUCAAAGUGAUGAAGUUCCUCGAGAAUCCAAGAUAAUCACUGUGGGAUACCAAGAGGACAAAGGAGACAAUCCAAUUCACUCAGGAUUGCGGAUUAUUCAAAGUAAAGAUAAAACAUGCAACCAGCAAAUGUCAACCACAUUCAAGUCUCUGUCUCUGGAAAGUUUAAGAGGUUCUGGUGAUGAAUGUCAUCUAAUUAACUUCUGCAAUCUGAAAAAAUCUCCAAGAUUUAUGUCAUCCACAAAGAGCCUGAGGGACCUAUAUCAAAAAAGCAGAGAAGAAAAAAACAACAGCAACUCAAGAGAAGAAAUAAAUCAAAGUCUGAAUGAUGUUUCGUCUUUUUCACCAUCAAUCUCUUCAGUCAAACAAAAUCAAAUCAGAUCAACGUGGGUCCAAACCAGUCUGUCUUUGCCUGUCCUUCAGCAAAACGAGGCAGAUCGUGACAGCCUUUUGGAGACCUCAUUUGACAGUAGAAGAAACACAGGAAGCUCCGCAUCAAACAUUAGUUUCUCUUCGGGGAUGGAUUCCAUGCCAAAUGUCAGUGACAGCACCAGGAGUAUAUGCACUGUAGAUUUUAGUGGAGUUGAAGUCCAAGGAAGCAUACACUAUGCUGUGAACUACAUUCAAAGACUUCAAGAAUUCCACAUAUUUGUAGUGCUCUGCAAAGACCUGGCUGCGGCUGACACCAAUAGGCACUCUGCUGAUCCGUAUGUCAAAUGUUACCUUCUCCCUGACAAAAUAAAGCUCGGAAAGAGAAAAACUAAAGUUAAAAAGCACACCCUAAACCCAACCUUCAAUGAAAUCCUCAAGUUUAAAACCAAAUUGGAGCUGUUGAAAACUCAGAGCCUUUACGUUUCUGUGUGGCACAACAACACCUUUGGGAGGAACACCUUCUUAGGUGAAGUGGACCAGGAUAUGUCAGGAUGGGACUUAAGCAACACAAAAAUACAUGAAUAUACAUUAAAAUCCAGGGUGUCAGGACAGACCUCAAUUACUUCCUUUUUAAGUUUGCCAGACAGCAGAGGACUGAUGAGAGUAUCAUUGAGGUUCCUACUACAAGUAUCUCACAGUAAAAAAACCUCUCUAAUUGAAACCGGUGAGGUGCAAAUUUGGGUGAAAGAUUGUAAGAAUCUAUCUUCAAAGAGAGGACUUACAAUGGAUCCAUUUGUCAAAUGCACCGUACUUCCCGAUGUAAGUGGCAAAGCUCAACAAAAGAGCCGUGUGGUGAAGAGAACAGCCAACCCUAUGUUUAACCACACUAUGACCUAUGACGGUUUACGACCAGAUGACCUCAGGGAAGCCUGUGUGGAGAUUACAGUGUGGAAUCACAACCGGCGAAACCCUCACUACAUUGGUGGUAUCAGACUUGGGCUUGGAACAGCUUGCUGCGAGGUUCAUUUUCCUGGGAUGCAAACGGACGACGCCGGACAGGAAUUGCAGGGAAAAGUUAUGGAAUUGAUGUGGCUUGGAUGGACUCCACGAUGGGAGAAGCUAAUUUAUGGAAGAAGAUGUUGGAGUCGGGUGGUCAAUGGGUGGAAGAUAUUUUACCACUGCGCAUGCUUGUGACCACGAAAUGAUGCUCAGAAUUAUCAUCGCGACAGAAUGUUUUGAUAACCGCAAAUAACAUCACAAUUUUAAUGGUCCAUUACACACCGUAUGAAAAAUAUGUUAAUUGUUUUGUUUUUCAUGUCCUUGUAUAUGCUUAAUAUACGUAAGUAUGCAAAUGUUUGUUAUCGAAAAGGGGUAGGAUUAAACAAACCCUGCUUCUUCCGACAGGACUACUAUCAAGAAGUGUUGAAUUCUGUAAAUGUAACCAUGUGAUGUUCCUUUAUGUAACUUUUUAAGCAUGACUAAAACAAAUAAACCAAACCAUACAAA